GACUCUCAGGCAGCAUGGUGUGGGGCUGGUGGGUGAAACCUGAGAUGCAGUCCUGUCUUGCUCCCCUGGCAGCCUUGGGCUGGAGGCCCUCUAAUCAAACCACUUUGUGAGCAUGUUGAUGGCUAGUACCAGAAGAUUAACUUAGUGGGAGAACAGGCUGGGUGAUAUUUCCCCAUCAUCUACUAAAACAUGAAGACCAAAAGCAAAAGAACGAAGCACAGGCUUGCUGUUGACAAAGAAGCCUUUCUUGGGGAGACAACUUUGAGCAAAGAGGAACCGGUAAAAUGUUUGCGACGCAAAGAAAGGAGAAAUGGCGGAAACAAUGAGAGUAGCAAGACCGGUACAGUCCAAGCCAAGCAUGCUUGGAACAACAAAGACAGACACUUAAGGCGAUUGGAAAGCAAUGAACGGGAGAGGCAGAGAAUGCACAAGCUCAAUAAUGCAUUCCAGGCCUUGCGGGAGGUUAUCCCUCAUGUGAGAGCUGAGAACAAACUUUCUAAAAUUGAGACUCUCACGCUAGCCAAAAAUUACAUUAAAUCACUGACUUCCACCAUACUCCAUAUGUCCAGUGGGCAUCUUCCAACUGGAGAAGGAACUGGGGCAUCCAAUGGCUCCAAACUGUACCAGCAUUACCAGCAGCAACACGGCGACGAAGAACACGAUGAACAACUAAAAAAAUACUCCACACAAAUUCACAGCUUCAGACAAGGCAGCUGAAGUUAGCUACUGGCCUCAUUCUCUCAUCUCCAUACAUUCCUGUAUAGUUCAGCAUUUGGAGGAUUAAGGGGUUAUUUCCUCCUGGUGGGUUUCUUCUUUGUUUGUUUUUGGAAAGACAAAUGUUUAGUGACUAGAUCUCAUAAUUCUUGUUGAAAUUAUCCUAAAUUGUAGGUUAGGCUUUUCAAAGAGAUGAGUGAUUUUUGGUUGCCCGAUUUGAAACACUUUCUCUGUUCUUAUAGUUUUUUGUUUACCUGCUUUGUUUGUAAUUUUCUUGAGGUCAGAAUGUUCUUUUAAUUUGUAAUGAGAAAUUGUUUGAUUGUUCAACACCUAGAUUGCUUUUGCAGGGCGGGCUUUAUAAACAAGUUAUUUUUCAGUGGGAGGGGGUUCCCUGCACUUUAGGAAAAUUACUCUUUUUAUAAGGUGCCUUGAGUUGGGCACCCAACAGUGAUGUCCAGGGCCGCCCAGAGGGGGGGGGGGCAA